AUGUUCGAAAAGGGAACUUUUAUUUUAAUGGCUGAUGGCCACCUUGAAGAUAUAUCCGCUAUUAAAAGUAACUCAUAUGUUAUGUGUGAGGAUGGCACUCCAGGGCGUGUGGCAUAUACAACAAAGGCGAAGCAGACAAUCUAUGAGAUAGUACAAAAGACAAAGCAUAGGGCCAAUGAAGGUGAGCCCGGUAGGCUUGAUCCUAGACGGAGAACAGUUUAUAAUCGGCUUGGGUUUAAUUGUUCAGCCACUCAUAAAUUGGUUCUAAAAACACCGUCGAUACCAACCUUAGAAAAUAAUCCCAGGAGACCAAACUUAACUGUCAAAUGGAGAUGCUUGGAAGAAAUUCUAACCACUGAUGGAAGGGCCAUAACGGUGCCAAAGAAUCAUCACAAGAACUUUCCUAAAACUAAAGAAGGACAAUUGCAAGCUCAGAAUUUCAUGAGAGAUAAGCGGUUAAUCUGGGGUCCUGAUAUUGAUUACGAAAUACAAGUAAGGGACCUUGAGUAUCUGGAUGCAUCAAUGCGCGUAACCUCAACGUUAAAAUGUAAUCCUGUAUUUUCUGGAAAUGGUAUAUUAUCUAAUUUUUUAAGUGGUCAAAGGCACUUGAUUACACCAGCAAUUGUCUCUAUGGCAUGGUUAUUGGGGCUGUGGAUUGGAGAUGGUACUACAAAGGAACCUGAGAUAACAGUUGAUAGUGUGGAUGAGAAAUUAAUGGAAAGUCUCACUGUGCUAGGUCGUUAUUGGGGUCUGUAUCCUACGUAUAAAGAUGAAAAGGUUCCACUUAGAGCAAAGCAUGUGAGGCUUUAUUAUGGCAAAGGGCCUGAAGAAAGGCGGAAAACUAGGAAUCUACGGAAGAACAAUCCAUUUUGGAAUACAAUUCAAAAUUUGGGGAUUAAAAGAGAGAUUGAUGGGGAGAAGCAAGUUCCUGAGUUCAUGUGGCAUGAGGAUAUUGAAAUUCGAGAAGCGUUCUUAGCAGGACUAAUAGAUUCCGAUGGCUACGUGGUAAAACGUAAAGAGAAUCCAGAUGUCUAUAAAGUGUCUAUUCAGACCAUAUACCCGUCUGUUAUGAACGCCAUAGUUCAUAUUGCGAGGUCCUUGGGAAUCUCAGCGACUGUGACUACACGCUCAGCCAGAAACGAGGUCAUAGAAGGACGCCGAGUACAGUGCAGGUUUACCUACGAUUGUAAUAUCUCAGGGAGCACGCCUUUGCAAAACGUAUUAUCAUAUUGUAGGAGUGGUCACAAGAGGAAGCCAGCUCCCGAAGUUGUCAUCCGUGAUCCGCAGUACGUAGGGUUCAUUGAUCGCAAGCUGAGAGAGGCAGAAGUGUAUGGGAUACAUCUAGACCAACCCCGUAAUAUACUGCUUGGCAACAAAAUCGUAGUAUAUUCCUGUACUGAAUGUUGUGAGACUGACGCUGUGCACAUCACCAAGAUCAAAAACCUGAAGCACUGUGUUUCUUGUCCUCGCACGGGUGUCAGAUACUUCUACCGCGACUGGACAGGCAAGAGCCAUGUAUGUGGCCGCUGCUACGGCAGGUACAAAUUCAGUGGGUACAGAUGUCUGCAUUGCAAGUACAUACCUGAGGCGCGUGAAAUAAAGAAGGCACGCAUGAGAGGCGAGGAGACCCGCUUGUUCGAGCAAAGCUACAUCACAGGUCUCGUGUGCAGCCGAUGCGAAGGCAUUCUGACAUUCGACGAGAUCAGAGGCCCUGCAAAGAAACAGGCGGUACAAUAG